UCUAAACUAGGAUUGAACUUUCUUCCUCUGGAUUCUAUUAUAUGAGAAACCAUCAUGAGCAAAGUAGAGUAUAAAUUAAAAGAUGAAUGACUAUGGAAUUACGGCCCGGAUAUGACAAUAUCAAUCACGUGGCCAUCGUAGGGAAAAGUGGUUUAUAAAUCACAGGACAUUAUGAUUGGUUCGAUCUGCCGCUGUAAAAAGAUCUUCCUGUUGCUGGUCUUAGUAAUAGGAGUGUCAGUCUACACAUUUAUCAACAGAGACUAUUUGAAUCAUUCAGUUGGAGCUAGAUUCCAAGCACCAGAUGAAGUCCAAGAAGACCUUGCAACACCAGAACCUCAAUUCAAAAUCAAAAGAGACCAAGCUACUUCUAGUCAAAUAUUACCUUUAGAUAGAAUAGAGCAAGAUACAAGACCACUUGAACACACUCCACAUAUCACUUUUCAAUCACCGUUUUCGGACGAAACCAAAGAAAGGAAAUACGAUAUUGAAGGGGAUCCACAGGACGACGAAAGCACAGACAGUUCUGGAGAUGAAGGUGGCAUUCUUGUUCCUGGAAUUCCAGAACCACAUCGACAUGGAUCGCCAAUGUUCAACAAAGAACAAAAAGAUGAGAAGACAGAAAAUUCAAGCAAACAGCAAACAUGGAAUACUUCACAGUUGGAAAAAGAUAAAACGCAUGAAAAUCGCGAAAGUGAAAUUGGAAAGUUCCUUCUUCAACCGAGAAAACCAAAAGAUACGGACUCCUACAGUGAUGCACUUGAUAAAAAACCGAACAUUUACGAUAACAAAAAUGACCAGAAAAGAAAACAAAAUGACAAGAAGAUCAGCGUAUUACAGCGUCUUCUAGAUGACAAGUCAAGUCCAAGUGAUCUCCAUCCUUACACAAUUUGUCCUUUUUUGGGUCUGAGAAAGAGCAGCACAUCGACUAUCAAAUCAGCCGACACAAAAUGUAAAGUUAAGACUUUUGGUGAAACAUCGUGCAAAGAGGCAUACGUAGCUUAUCAUACCGACCAAGAACCACUACAGUGUGAAAAAAUACAGGAAAAAAACAUGAUUUGUUGGUAUGAUAAAAAACAAAAUAUUCACUGUGACAUGAGAGUAUGCGAAGAGAAGUUUGUUUACCUCGCAAGCGUUGAUUCCAAUUACGGUAUAGUAAGACCCUCAAGAAACUCAAAGAUUCCCAUUGGCUCAAACAAACACCUUGAACAGAUCCUGUACCAUUACGCAAUUAUCAACAAAAGAAAUGGCUUCAACUUUUGUUUUCUAAAGUGCAAAAGCAGCUCUACAAGGAAUCGUUUCAUAGAACAGCUUGUUAUGUUUCCUCCGACUAUCCCUAAGACUAGUUCAGCAUUAGACAAACGUUUAAUCAACAUUAAUAUCCUUCUACUGGAUUCAGUAUCACGACCACACUUCUAUCGUUCAAUGCACAAGUCGGUACAAACAUUGAGAAAGAUUGUCCAUGAUCCUAAGAUAAACGCUACAGUAUUGGACUUUGAGUUAUUUCAAAGUAUGGCCGAUUACACCUUCCAUAACAUCAGGGUAUUUAUGAGUGGAAAAACAGAUUUUGAUUACAAACAGCACAAGGAACAGCAUUACGAAAUUGAGUAUCUAUACAAGCACUUGAAAUCUAAAGGAUAUCACACUAUUUUACAAGAAGACAGCUGUUGGUACGACGAGUGGGGUUCACUGUACACAGAUAAUCUAUUCCAAGGGAAAAAACCGGAAAAUCUGAAGGACUUUAAAAUCCGUUGGAAGAAAUUUAAGAAGAAGAUUAAACAAUAUUACAUUGAUGAUUAUGGACUUUCGCAUUUUUCGUGUGAGGCUCUGGAACGAUACAAUAUCACUAAUCAAUUCAACCAACCUAAAAAGAUUUGCUUUGGCGGGAAAGUUUUUGCUGAGUAUUUCAUAGACUACAAUGAGAGAGUGUUUAAUGAUAGUAUACGGUCCAAAACCCCUAUACUGGCCUAUACUCAUUUAAAUACUGGUCACGAGGUCUCAGGGACAAGAAUUAAGCAGAUUGAUAAAAGAUUAUCAGACUUUUUUCUAAACAUGGCUGAGAAAGAGAACACUUUGACCUUGGUCUUCUCAGAUCACGGUCCCAAGACCACGCGCUAUGCAUUUCGGACUAUGAGCGGAAGAGCAGAAAUCUACGAUUCGCUUAUGUUUGCUAUUGUACCUGAAAAAGUAGCUUCAAUUCUAGGAAAUGAACGAACUAAGGCUCUUAUAACUAACCAAAAAAGACUUAUCACUGCAUUUGAUUUGCACAAUACUUUUAUGUCAAUAGGUGAUUCAAAGACAGAAAACUCUUACAAAAACGAGGGAAUAUUCACAGAAAUAUCACCAAAUCGCACAUGCGGUGACGUCCCUAUUAAAGACUCCGCGAUUUGUAAAUGUGAUGGUUGGGAUGAAUUCUUUGCAACAAAUCAUCGACCGUUUAUUUGGCUAGCAGAGCUUGCUCUUGGAACACUUAACAAUAGAAUACAGAAUGAGUACAUCACAGGAAAGGAGGGAUCUGGUGGCUUUGGAAAAUGUCAGAGACUUAUUGGAAAACGUUUUGAAAAAAUACGUCGUCGGACUAUUGGAAACAAGUACAAAGUAACAAUGGAUUUAAUUGUAAAUCCUGAGGAUGAGAUAUUCGAGGUACAGGUUGAGUAUCCGGUCAAUCCUGGUCCUUUAGACAAUGAUGUCCAAGUCACUCAUCUUUCUAGAAUAAGUAUUUACCGACGCUUUGAAAAAUGUAAAGAUAACAAUGUCGACAUAACACAUUGUGUUUGCAGAUCUCGUAAAAAUACUCCUCGAAAUCGCUGGAUUUCUAUGAAUACAAGGAAAAAUCUGUUGAGAAUUCUGACCAGAAGUGAAAACUUUGGAGCGAAAGUGAAGUUUAGCGAUCUCCAUGCGUCAUGUCUUGUGAUGGUUACACGCACACAUUCAGCCCGUGUGUCUGUAUUUGAAAUUGCGAAUGCAUGUACAAACCGAUUAUAUCGAGUUAAAGUUAGUGGCAAAAGCCGCGGCAAAGCUAUUACAUCCACGAGUUUUCCAAUAACCUUAAAACUGCAGCCGCUGACCGUACACUUUUUAUUCUCCGUUUACCAUCUCGAAAAGCCUUAUGGGUUUAAGGCAACGACGUCAUACAAAGCUUAUUUUGUUGACCAAUCCAUGAUUACAUGAGCCUGGGCAGGCCAUAAAACAUUUUCAAAAUAAUAAAGCUUUUUGUACCUUUUGUGGUUUAUAUUGUGUCAUAAGUUGGUGUACUCUUUGAUUUAUUUAUAAUUAAAAAAAAUAGAGUUACCAUAGCUUCUGAAGAUGAAACAGAGAUAAAGAAGAAAUGAUUGAACCUGGCUAAAAUGUCUUUCAUUAUUAUUUCUUAUGGCAGAAACGGGACUCUAAGACCUUUGCAUUGUGAAGCUGUCAUGAUUAUAACAAAAAAAUACAAAUCUAUGAAAUCAGUUUUAUUGGAGCUCAGAAGAGUAUACAAGUAAAUUAGUCCAAGCAUGUCUAUUAUUC